UUGCAAAGAAGAAGGAGAGGGAGUGGAAGAGGGCAACGAGGGCAAGAGGCGGCAACAGGAAGGGAGGGGCGGGGGGAAGGGGGGGGGACGACGGGGAAGAAUAAGCGGGAGGAUGGGAAAAACGAUGACGAAGAAGGAGAGGAAGGAGGGAGGAGGGACAAGAGAGGGAGGCAGGAGGGAGGAGGGAGGAGGGGGGAAGGAGUAAGGAGGGAGGAAUGGAGGAGGGGAAAGGAGAAAGGGAGGAAGGGAGGAGGGAAGAAAGGGGGUGAGGGACAGGAAGAGGAGGAAGGAAGGAGGGAAGAAAGAGGGGCAAGGAGGGGGAUGAAGGUGUAGAAGAAGGGGAAGGAGAGGAAGAACGACAACGAAGGAGGCAGGGGAAGAAUGACUAAGAAGGAGGGGGGAAAGAAAAGGGAGAACGUGGAGGAAGAGGAAGAGGAAGAGAGGGAGGAGGGGGAGGAGGAGGAAGAGGAAGAGAAGAAGAAAGAAGAAGAGGACGAGGAGGCGGAGGAGGAGGCGGAAAAGGGGGGAGAGGAGGAGGAAAAGGGGGGAGAGGAAGGAGGCGGCGGAGGAGGAGGAAGGCAAAGAAGAAGCGAGGAGAAGAAGAAGAAGAAGAAGAAGAAGAAGAAGAAGAAGAAGAAGAAGAGGAGAGGUGGAAGAGAAGGGAGGAGGAGGAAGAGAAGGGAGAACAGGAGGGAGGAAAAGGAGGGAGAAGGGGAGGUUGCUAUAGGAUUAACAAGGAAUCUUUGAAUUCUCAACAACAAAGAAGUCAAAUUCAA